AUGGUCAAGGAUGCGAGCAAAACCCUCCAGCUGCCGAAGCAGCAGCUCCUCAUCCUUGCGAUAUGUCGAUUCGCGGAACCGGUGGCCAUGACCUCGGUCUAUCCCUACAUUCCUGAGAUGAUACAGUCCUUCAACGUUCCCGACGACGACGUUGCCAGGUGGGCCGGGCUCAUGUCUGCCAUCUUCUCUCUUUCCCAAUGCUUGACCGGCAUCGCCUGGGGGAGAGCAUCGGAUCGUUUCGGUCGCAAACCCAUCAUCCUUGUCGCUUUGACGUGCACGAUGCUCUCGAGCAUCUUGUUCGGCUUCUCCAAAAGCCUGGUCUGGGCCUUCAUUGCACGAUCAUUGCAAGGACUGUCGAAUGGCAAUGUGGGCAUAAUACGGACCGCCGUUGCAGAACUGGUUCCGCAGAAAGAGCUACAGCCUCGAGCAUUCAGCAUCAUGCCAUUGGUCUGGAACAUAGGCAGCAUUUUCGGCCCGUCAUUCGGGGGCUCGCUAGUCCACCCCGUGGAACGGUAUCCGCAGCUCUUUGGCAAGAUCCGGUUUCUCAAGGAAUAUCCGUUUGCUCUGCCCAAUUUGCUGAUCAGCCUGCUGUUCCUGUUCGGCAUCGCGGCCGGAUUUCUGUACUUGCACGAGACUCUGGAAGACAAAAGGUCACGCAAGGACUACGGGCUCCUGUUGGGCCAGCUCCUCCUCACGCCGUGUUCUCGGCAUCGGAAACAGCGACGACGAAGGGCGUGGUCAUGGUCCACGGACGACGACGACGAGGCAGAGCCUUUUCUCCCGGGCGGCGACACAAGCGAAAUGUCUUCGCCCAUUGCUAAGCACAAUGUUCGACCGGCCAAGCAGAAUCCAGGCUGGUCAGAGGUCUUCUCCAGGCAAUCCAACAUCAACUUGGUCGUCUACACCUUCUUGGCCAUGCAUUCGGUCGCCUUUGACCAGCUCUUGCCCAUUUUCAUGCAUUUCCCCGUCGCACAACAAUCAGUGCGAGACCCUCCUCGGGCCCAGGCAUAUUCGCUCUUCCUCAAGUUUUCCGGCGGUUUUGGCAUUGAUUCAAAUCGGAUCGGCUUGCUCUUCACCGUCUACGGCGUCUUCGGCAUGCUCAUUCAAUUCUUCGUUUUCCCGCCAUUCGCAAGAAAGUACGGCGUGUUGAACUGUCUCAAGGCGUGUGCGUUGACCUUUCCGUUGGUCUACCUGGCGGUACCCUUCACCGCACUUCUGCCAAGCGACUCCUCCAGGCAAGGGGUAAUGAUGGUUCUAAUGCUGUUCAAGGGAUUCGCUGGAAUCUUCGCUUUCCCCUGCUCGACCAUCUUGCUCACCAACAGCGCCGCGAGUCUCAAGGUUCUCGGCACCCUGAAUGGUGUUGCCACCAGCAUUUCUGCUAUCGGGAGGGCGGCAGGUCCAGCACUCUCCGGCGCCAUGUUCACAGUUGGCGUCGACAUUGGAUAUGUCAUUGUCCCAUGGUGGACGUUGGCCUUGGUUGCUAUCGUCGGUUCUGUGCCAAUCUGGAUGCUUGUGGAGCUGGAAGGUUUCAGUAGUACCCAGGAUGACGACGACGACGACGACGAUGAUGAUGGCGAUGCCUAUGACACUGAAGCUGACGACGUAUUUGUCACGGAUGUUCAACCGGGAAAGGGUUCUGCAGCAAAGCCUUCUGCAAUACCGACCAGCGCUGCUCAGUCCAGAAGGUCUACGACGCUCGGAUCAUUCUCGGAUGUGUUUGAGGACGACGACGGCGACAACAGACUGCUGGCAGCUACACCCUCGCGCGAGGUCCAUCUUGAUCCAGGUCGUCAUAGCCCGCGCUUGCACCGCGUCGCAAGUCCUAUUGGUCUCGGGCCCGGCGUGAUUCCCACUGGGGCGCGCAGGUACAGCAGUGAUCUUGGGGCCACUAGGAGUGGUCUGGGUGCCGGCGGCACAAGUUAUUACUGA